AUGUUUUCACGAAUAAAUCCCAAAGCCCCCGGCUGGGCCAAUCUAGCCAGCACCAGCCUCAGAUCUACCACCCUCCCCUAUCACGCACCAGCAGCAGCACGCCUGGCCUCCUCCUCCUCUAAACCAGGCGAAACUGUCGGCGGCACCAAGACGGACCACACCAAGGAAUUCAAAAAGCCGUCCCGGAACCAAAAGUCGGGAGAGCAGCAUACCCAACAACCGGGCGACACCGUGGCCAAGGGCGGGAGUCGAGGCGCUGGCACGUCGCACAAGGCAUCUUCAGGAGCCAAGACGGCCGGACACCAGGGCGGUAGUAGUGAUCAGCAAGGUGGUCAGCAUGUUGGCCCAAUGGGCUCGGGUUGA